UGAAUACCCGCCAAAAAUUUCGAUGCUGCUUGGAAGCGACUAGGCUACAGAGAUUAGAUGCAAGAAGUUUUGUGAGAAAUCCCGACGUCACGGUCACGUUUUUCUACUCAAGGCCCGAGUCAAAACAAACUUUCGUAACACCACGACCACCGUAUUGAAACGAUGACGGAGCAACCAACGAAACAGAAGCUGUGGGGCGGUAGAUUUACUGGAAAGACAGAUCCGUUGAUGCAUGAAUUUAACCAGUCUUUGGCAUACGACCGGCGAAUGCACAGUGCGGACAUCACUGGGUCAAUUGCCUACGCUAAAGGCCUGAGACGCAUCGGGAUCUUGACUCCGGACGAGGAAAUCAAGAUGAUUGAUGGUCUAACGGAGGUUGGCAAGGAAUGGCAGGAGGGCCGAUUUAUAGUGCAGCCAGACGACGAAGACAUCCAUACUGCGAAUGAGCGUCGACUCAGUGAGCUUAUUGGCCCACUGGGAGGAAAACUACACACUGGACGUUCACGAAAUGACCAAGUUGCGACGGAUAUGCGACUAUGGCUCUUAGGAGAAGUGAAAGUCAUUGAGGAAAGUCUGAAGGCACUCAUUCGUGUCAUAGUUGAACGUGCAGAUAACGAGAAGGAUAUCCUUAUGCCUGGAUACACCCAUCUUCAGCGGGGGCAACCCAUUCGUUGGUCUCAUCUGCUCCUGUCGCAUGCGUUCUCUUUCUACUCUGAUCUCGGCAGACUUGAGCAGCUUGCCCCUCGCGUUUCUGUUCUGCCUCUUGGUUCUGGCGCCCUAGCAGGAAAUCCUUUUGGCGUCGACCGUGACUUUCUAGCGAAAGAAUUGGGAUUCAACUCCGUUGCCGAAAACAGUUUGUGGGGUGUCGGAGACCGUGACUUCAUUGUCGAAUUCUUGAUGUGGUCUAGCUUGGCGAUGACACAUCUUAGCCGUAUGUCAGAAGAUCUUAUUAUCUAUUCUACUGCAGAGUUCGGUUUUGUCACACUGAGCGACGCGUAUAGCACUGGCUCGAGCAUGAUGCCUCAAAAGAAGAACCCAGAUUCCCUGGAGCUUUUGCGAGGGAAAUCUGGGCGUGUUUUCGGAAACAUGGCAGGUUUCUUGAUGACCUUGAAGGGCUUGCCGUCCACAUACAACAAGGAUCUUCAAGAAGACAAAGAACCUCUAUUUGACGCCGUUGAUACUGUCCAUGCCUCAUUCAAAAUUGCCGAAGGCGUUGUGGCUACAUUGGAGGUUCACGCCGACAAAAUGCGUCAAGCUUUGACUAUGGACGUACUUGCAACCGAUCUGGCCGAUUAUCUCGUUCGUAAAGGGAUGCCCUUCAGAGAGACACACCAUAUCUCCGGCAGGGCUGUAGCUCUGGCAGAAGCCCGACAAUGCCAAAUUAAUGAGCUCUCCUUACAGGAUUACAAGAGUCUGAGCGACAAGUUUACCGAGGAUGUUGUAGAUGUUUUCAAUUUCGAGGUAAGCGUUGAGAGGCGCCAAGCUAUUGGUGGGCCAAGUCGUGCCAUGGUGGAUAGACAGGUGGCUGUCCUUCGAUCUGCCUUGUCGCAGUAGCGUAUGCCAUUCGUAUAGAAACGCCCUGUAAUAAAACACACGGAAGUGCACAGCCUCAUUUCUGCC